AAUAAAAAAAAAAUUAUCGUCGGCGUUGGGGAGAAACUCGGACCCAGAGAGUGGCCGUCAAAGCCCGGCCCGUUGUAUUUCCCUCGUGAAGGCCGCCAAUGGCCCAUGCUGCAACACUAGAGACUGAGCCAGCUCUAUUAUUAAACUACGCCACCCCUCUUAUCUUACGCCGCUGCCCAACUGCUCUGUCCUUCUAUUAAUAUUUGGGACCCAUUUUCAACCAACUCAAUUCAUUCGCCUACUUCACCUGCCGGCCGGCGCAUUGUAUCACUGCCUGCGCACAACUUUACUGCUUCAGAAACUCAAACCGCUACUCAGUGUGAGUGUGGCUCCAUGAUCAGACCUCCAAUUUAGAUAUCUCUUCACUUUUUAAUUUGCUCUUAGUUUUUUGUGUGAUUUGAUUUUUGGCUGAGAAGAUGGGGAAGAAGAAAGUGAUGGUGCCGGCCGAUGAAGUUGACUUUACUACGGUGAAGUACCAGUACGAAGAAAUUGAAGCGCCGCAUUUGACUGGAACUGGACUCAAGUUGUUCGUGAAAGUGCUCGAAGCGCCGUUGAUUGGCUCCUUGAUCAUUUCGAAAUUGAAGCAGAAGAAUAAAAUGAUUGAGAUGCUGAGGAAUACCGUGAUACCCGAGGCUCCAAUGUUCAAACCUGAAUUUCCUCCUCAAGUACCAGAAACAGGAGUUGUUCCUUUGCAUGAGGGUCAAAGGCCUGAAGAAAGAGUUGCAUUAGCUCUAAAGAGUCUUCCAGAUUAUGAGCCUGCCAAGAGUUUGAGCGCCGAUCCUUCUUCACCUUUUCGCUAUUGGAAGAUUAGAGAUUAUGCAUAUGCAUACAGAUCUAAAAUUACUACCCCAUCUGUGGUUGCGGAGCGGUUUAUUGCAGCAAUGGAUGAGUUUAAGCAUAUGAAACCUCCUACUCCCUUGUUAAUUUCUUAUGACCCUGAACUUGUAAGAAAGCAGGCUGCAGCCUCCACCAGAAGGUUUGAGGAAGGAUGCCCGAUAUCAAUCCUUGAUGGGGUUUUUAUGGCAAUUAAGGAUGAUAUUGAUUGCUUUCCUCAUCCAUCAAAAGGUGGAACAACCUUCUUCCAUGAGGUUCGUCCUGUUGAAGAGGAUGCAGCAUCUGUUGGAAGGUUACGUAGCUGUGGGGUGAUCUUAGUCGGAAAGGCAAAUAUGCAUGAACUUGGUCUAGGAACAACAGGAAAUAAUCCAAAUUAUGGAACAGCAAGAAAUCCUCAUGCUCCUGAAAGAUACACUGGUGGGUCAUCUUCAGGGCCAGCAGCAAUUGUUGCUUCUGGAUUAUGUUCAGCAGCAUUAGGAACGGAUGGGGGAGGUUCAGUCCGUAUUCCGUCCUCUCUGUGUGGUGUAGUAGGACUGAAAUCAACAUAUGGAAGGACAGAUAUGAGUGGCUCAAUAUGUGACUCAGGGACGGUAGAGAUUAUUGGACCCAUCACGUCAAAUGUUGAAGAUGCAAUACUAGUGUAUGCAGCGAUUCUGGGAUCCUCAACUGCUGAAAGGAUUGCUUUAAAACCGUCUCUUCCUUCUUUGCCUGAUUUAACUUCAAAUGAAAGCUCCCGUGUUUCUGGAUCAUUAAGAUUGGGGAAGUAUACAGAGUGGUUUAAUGAUGUAUUCUCUCCUGACAUCUCUGAUAAAUGUGAGGACGUUCUCAAUCUUUUAGUGGAGAAUCAUGGAUGCAAGAUGGUGGAGAUAGUUAUCCCAGAGCUUCACGAGAUGCGCACUGCUCACAUUGUUUCAAUUGGCUCAGAAUCUGCAUGUGGGUUGAAUCCUGAUUAUGAAGAUGGAAAAAAGGUGAAGUUCACACUUGACACACGGAUAAACUUAGCACUUUUCCAGUCAUUUUCAGCAUCAGAUUAUGUUGCUGCUCAAUGUCUGAGGAGAAGGCUCAUGUUUUACCAUAUGAAGAUCUUUGAAGAGGUAGAUGUCAUUGUGACUCCUACUACAGGGAUGACUGCGCCUGUUAUACCUCCAGCUGCACUAAGUUUGGGAGAGACAGACAUGCAAGUUACUGGAAAUCUUAUGCGCUUUGUUGUGACGGCAAAUCUUCUUGGGUUUCCGGCAAUAUCUGUGCCGAUUGGAUAUGAUAAACAAGGACUUCCCAUCGGCUUACAAAUCAUUGGUCGCCCAUGGUGUGAAGCUACAAUAUUACGUCUCGCUGCUGCUGUUGAGGAACUUUGCUGCUCACCCAAGAAAAAACCGCAGCAAUAUUACGACAUAUUAAAAGGGGAGUAAAAACAUGACUCAUCACUACUACUUUAUGUCAUGUAUUUUCUACUCCAGCCCUUGUUGAGGAAAUAAGUAUGUUAAAUUUGUAUGAAUACAAAACACAACGCUUAUAAUCGUUCACCACACAUGGUGGGUGAAUAAUAGAUAGAAUGAUGAAGAAACUCAGUCAUGUCGUACAUGGCACUGAAUAUUCAAAGAAAAUAAUUAGAAAAGCACCAUAUUUCUGAA